UAUAUACACCACUCACAUUCGAUGUGUGUGGUUGCUCAGGAGGGAAAUGCUUACGGCUGCCUUUAGAAGCGAGUCCGCCAGCUGCAUGGAGAGGAAAGCAUGAGCAUGCAGCAGGACUAGCUGUCACCUGCCCUCUGCCUGCCCAGAGAGAGGGCCAGAGCGUCAGGGAGGAAAGAUGAUCCACCAAUGGUGCCAUCCUGCCGUUGGAUUCAGUAAGCUGUAAGAUCCUUAACUUCAGACACUGGCAAACAUCACAUGUUCUUCAAGUAGAGUUAUGAAAACAAAGAAACUGGUCAGGAGACUACAAACAGUGGAACUGUCCUUUCUGAGAUCCAGAGCUUCAACAUUCCUUGGGGGAAAAUGUGGACAAGGAAUCUUAUGGCAAGGGCCUUAUACGACAAUGUCCCAGAGUGUGCCGAGGAACUGGCCUUUCGCAAGGGAGACAUCCUGACUGUCAUAGAGCAGAACACAGGGGGACUGGAAGGAUGGUGGCUGUGCUCCUUACACGGUCGGCAAGGCAUCGUCCCAGGCAACCGGGUGAAGCUUCUGAUUGGCCCCGUGCAGGAGAAUGCCUCCAGUCAUGACCAGCCUGUGUCUGGACUGAUGCAGCAGACCUUUAGCCAACAGAAGCUCUAUCAAGUGCCAAACCCACAGGCUGCUCCCCGAGACACCAUCUACCAAGUGCCAUCUUCCUACCAAAAUCAGGGAAUUUACCAAGUCCCCACUGGCCACGGCACCCAAGAGCAAGAGGUAUAUCAGGUGCCACCGUCAGUGCAGAGAAGCCUUGGGGGAACCGGUGGGCCCCACAGGGGUAAAAAGGUGAUAACCCCCGUGAGGACAGGCCAUGGCUACGUAUACGAAUACCCAUCCAGAUACCAAAAGGAUGUCUACGAUAUCCCACCUUCCCAUACCACUCAAGGGGUAUAUGACAUCCCUCCCUCAUCAGUGAAAGGCCCUGUGUUUUCAGUUCCAGUGGGAGAGAUAAAACCUCAAGGGGUCUAUGACAUUCCACCUACAAAAGGGGUAUAUGCCAUUCCACCUUCUGCUUGCCAGGAUGAAGCAGGGUUUAGGGAAAAAGACUAUGACUUCCCCCCUCCCAUGAGACAAGCUGCGAGGCCGGACCUCAGACCAGAGGGGGUUUAUGACAUUCCCCCAACCAGCACCAAGCCAGCAGGGAAGGACCUUCAUGUAAAAUACAACUGUGACAUUCCAGGAGCUGCCGAACCGGUGGCUCGAAGGCACCAGAGCCUGUCCCCGAAUCACCCACCUCCACAACUGGGACAGUCAGUGGGCCCUCAGAACGAUGCAUAUGACGUCCCCCGAGGCGUUCAGUUUCUUGAGCCACCAGCAGAAACCAGUGAGAAACCAAACCCCCAAGAAAGAGAUGGUGUUUAUGAUGUCCCUCUGCAUAAUCCACCGGAUGCUAAAGGCUCUCGGGACUUGGUGGAUGGGAUCAACCGAUUGUCUUUCUCCAGCACGGGCAGCACCCGGAGUAACAUGUCCACAUCUUCCACCUCCUCCAAGGAGUCCUCACUGUCAGCCUCCCCAGCUCAGGACAAAAGGCUCUUGCUGGAUCCAGACACAGCUAUCGAGAGACUUCAACGGCUCCAGCAGGCCCUGGAGAUGGGUGUCUCUAGCCUAAUGGCGCUGGUCACCACCGACUGGCGGUGUUACGGAUAUAUGGAAAAACACAUCAAUGAGAUACGCACGUCGGUGGAGAAGGUGGAGCUGUUCCUGAAGGAGUACCUCCACUUUGUCAAGGGAGCUGUCGCAAAUGCUUCCUGCCUCCCAGAACUCCUCCUCCACAACAAGAUGAAGCGGGAGCUGCAAAGAGUCGAAGACUCCCACCAGAUCCUGAGUCAAACCAGCCACGACCUAAAUGAGUGCAGCUGGUCCCUGAAUAUCCUGGCCAUCAACAAGCCCCAGAACAAGUGUGAUGAUCUAGACCGGUUUGUGAUGGUGGCAAAGACAGUGCCCGAUGAUGCCAAGCAGCUCACCACAACCAUCAACACCAAUGCAGAGACCCUCUUCAAACCCGGCCCUGGCAGCUUGCAUCUGAAGAAUGGGCCGGAGAGCAUCAUGAACUCAGCAGAGUACCCACAUGGUAGCCCCCAGGUACAGCUGCUGCAUCCUGGUGACCACAAGGCCCAGGCCCACUCCAAGGCACUGCCUCCGGGCCUGGGCAAAGAGCAGGCCCCUGACUGUAGCAGCAGUGAUGGUUCUGAGAGGAGCUGGAUGGAUGACUACGAUUAUGUCCACCUACAGGGUAAGGAGGAGUUUGAGAGGCAACAGAAAGAACUAUUGGAAAAAGAGAAUAUCAUCAAACAGAACAAGAUGCAGCUGGAACAUCAUCAGCUGAGCCAGUUCCAGCUGUUGGAACAAGAGAUUACAAAGCCCGUGGAGAAUGACAUCUCGAAGUGGAAGCCCUCUCAGAACCUGCCCCCAACAAACGGUGGCGUGAGUGCCCAGGAUCGGCAGUUGCUGUGCUUCUACUAUGACCAAUGUGAGACCCAUUUCAUCUCCCUUCUCAACGCCAUCGACGCGCUCUUCAGUUGUGUGAGCUCAGCCCAGCCCCCACGAAUCUUUGUGGCACACAGCAAGUUUGUCAUCCUCAGUGCACACAAACUGGUGUUCAUUGGAGACACGCUGACACGGCAGGUGACUGCCCAGGACAUUCGCAACAAAGUGAUGAACUCCAGCAACCAGCUCUGUGAGCAGCUCAAGACUAUAGUCAUGGCGACCAAGAUGGCCGCCCUCCAUUACCCCAGCACCACAGCCCUGCAGGAAAUGGUGCACCAAGUGACAGACCUUUCUAGAAAUGCCCAGCUGUUCAAGCGCUCUUUGCUGGAGAUGGCAACAUUCUGAGAAGAAAAAAAAGAGGAAGGGGACUGUGUUCAUGGUUACUAAGGAAAACUGGAAAUAUUAUCUGGUUUUUGUAAAUGUUAUCUAUUUUUGUAGAUAUUUUAUAUGAAAAUGAAAUAUUUUAACAUUUUAUGGGUUAGACAACUUUCAGAAAUUCAGGGAGCUGGAGAGGGAAAUCUUUUUUUCCCCCUGAGUGGUUCUUAUGUAUACAUAGAAGUAUCUAAGACAUAAACUGUACAGAAACUUGUCCCCAUGCUUGUGUAUGCCUGUAUAUUCAUGUUUGUUUGUAGAUGUUUGUCUGAUGUAUUUCAUUAAAAAAAAAAUGAAUUAAGAAGCACCUUAGUAAGCACCUUCUAAUGCUGCAUGUUUUUGUUGUUAAAAGCAUGCCAGCUGGUUAUAAUAUUGUUCUCCGUGUACUUGUAAUGAUUCUGAGCCUGGCUCUGCCAAACCUGGGAAGCACGUAUGUUUGCAGGUGUUCACCUUCCAAAUGAGGAGCCUGGCAUUAUUCGUGUUUUGAAAACUCUUCACAAUUGACCAUUGUAAACACACGAUGGCCAAAUGCCCAAAAGCCCUCUUGCAGAGCAAAUUUCAGAAUAUAUCGGUGAAUCCAAGCUCUGAUAUUUCAGGUGCUGGAGGGAGGACAGACCUCUGUGUUUAGAGGCCAGGACCACAGUUAGGGUUGGGUUGUUUCAAUACUGAGAGAGCUACAGUAAAAGGAGAGCAACUGCCUCCCUGGGGCUAUUGGAUCUUCUGCAUUUGUGAGCAAUUCUGCCGUGAGGUUUUCCAAAAGAUGUUUUUUGAGUUGUAAAAACUGUAUUUGCAGCAAGGAUUCACAAAGACAUAAUCAGAUUAUGAUUGUUCACCAAAGCAGGGGAAUGGUUUGAUCUGCCAGUUGCAAGUAGAGGCCUUUCUGACUCUUCACAUUCACUUUGGUGCUACUACCCCCGUUACCUGAGGGAAACUGGCCAGGUCCUUGAUCAUGGGACUAUAGAGCCAUCAGGACAUAUCCUGCUCUCUAAGGGAAUUUAUUGCUUGGUUUUGCACCUUCUUUAAAACUCACACAUGCAGACCUGACACUCAGAGUGGCUAGUUACACAGAGUCCAUCCAAUUUUUACACCUUCGUGUGACCAGUGUGUAUAACCCCUACCGCUAUGUCACAGGUAGUCACAGCAUCCAUUCCACAGUAUGUCUCCUCACACCAGUUAGUACUGACACAGCACAGACACCAUAAGCCAACAAGUUCUUCAUGGGGCAGGUGAAAUACUGCUACCCCAUGGGUAAAUGCAUUCGUAUAUUACCAAGAGAAGAAACACGUUAUCUGUGAUCUUUUGGUCCAGUUCCUAUUUAGCAUUUUAUUCCAGCCUGUUUGGAAACAUGUUUUUAUUUGCAUCAUAUGCCUGAUUGAAUUAACCUUGCUUGUUGUAAACAACCAAAUCAUUAGAACAAAAAAAAAAGGUUAAAAAAACAAGAAUGUAUAAUCUCAGCGUGUUUUUAAAAAAAAUCAGUGGAAAUAAACGAUCAUAGAAGGUGCUUUUCAAAACAACUGCUACUAUAAUUUUCAAAGUCCUGCUCUGCCAAAAAAAGAUGAAAAGUCACACGUUAUAUGACAAGGAAAUGUGUAUGUGGAGAGAGGGUUGCUGAAAAUCAACAACACUUGAAGUUAAAAAGUGUGUCUUUGUAAAUUUCAUUGUAUGAUGUGUAAUUCUUAGGAGAUGGCUGACUUGAUUGAUCUACUCUAAGUGGAGACAUUUCGCAUUUUUGAAACCAAAAUGUUCAAUCUGUAUUACUCCUUGCCAUCUUGUAUGUAAAGGCUAUUUUAAAAUCAUUAAAUUUUUAGAUCUCUGUUUUGAUAA